CCUGCCCACACUCGCGAUUCGGUACAAGACAAUGCCAACAUCUCUGCACUCUAUGGAUUAGGCGGGCUGAUCACUAUGCUGAGACCUAGGAUUAUCACUGUUGAGCAGACGUUCGGCAUCACCCGUAAGGGCCACGCGUCAUACUUCCACAACUUCCUUGCCGACUUAACAAAAUAUGGCUACUCCUUCUGCUUCAAGGUGAUCAAUCUUGCCGACUUAGGCGUCCCCCAGAGGCAUAGACGGGUUCUUAGCAUUAUGCAUACCGCGUGUGAUGGACAGAUAGCAAGCGAGUUCCAAGUGACCUUAUCCAAAGACCGAGCAUAA